AUGACCAAAGACUCACAGCAACCGCUCGAGUCAGAGGAUAAAGACGAACUGAACUCUGGACUACAAUUCGAAAGUAGACUUAUUGGCAAACCGCUGUACAAGCUAGUCACAGUAGACCUGUCAGCAAUAAGCCUAGCAGAGCCAGGCUAUUCGGUUCAUGGCGUUCGUCUUCGUGAUCAAGCAGACCAGAUAGUCCUUCACAAACUCGAAGAAGAUUUAAAUGUAGAUUUAUGGAACCAUGGCGCUCCAGGACUUCGAGAUGCAUUGGUCAUGGUCUCACCGGAAAAUGAACGAGAAUUUUUGGCCACGUUAGACCAAAAUGGCAUGAAUCACUAUCUGCAUCUUGAUGAUGUAGCCUCAUCUCUCAAAGAAUACGACACACAAGUAUCUAGUUGGAGGCUGAGUAGGACUAAUAGGAUGCCGUUUGAAGACUACCCGAGAUAUGCUGAGGUUGAUGCUUAUAUGGAAAGAAUAGCGAGAGAAUAUCCAGAUUUAGUGACUUUGGUGAACGCUGGACCUAGCUUCGAAGGUCGAGCUGUCAAAUACUUGAAGAUAUCAACUUCAAAGUUCACCGACCCUAGCAAGCCGGUAUACUUCAUAGAUUUUACGAUGCACGCAAGAGAAUGGGUGAUUGUUCCAUUCGCUAUGUACACUAUACACCGACUAGUAGAGAACCUGAGGGAUCAGGAUAGGGACAUCCGAGAGAACAUCGACUGGAUCGUGAUGCCGAUGGUCAACCCUGACGGCUAUGAAUACAGCCACACUGAUGCACGUCUUUGGCGCCGUACUCGAUCGUUCAACGCAUCUGUCAGCACGGAGUGUUGGGGCGUUGACAUCAACAGAAAUUUUGAUAUCAACUUUAAUACUCUUGGCGUCUCAUCAAAUCCAUGCUCUGACAUCUAUCCAGGACAUGAAGCUGACUCUGAACCCGAAACGAGAUACGUCAGAGAUGUUAUUCUAGAAAACUUAGACCGUAUGCAAUUGUACCUCAAUGUUCACAGUUUUGGGAACUACGUCGUCUUCGGAUACGGUAAUACAUCGUUGCCGCAUAAUGUAGUUCAGUUACACCAAGUCGGAGCAGCGAUGGGGGCUGCUAUAGACGUAAAGAAGCUCGAUAAAGCCCCAUUUUAUUUGAUUGGAAACAGCAAUUUGUUAAUGUAUGAAUGCUCUGGUAGCUCGCAGGAUUAUGCACAGGCUGUAGGUGUACCGUUCUCCUAUACCCUGGAGGUGUCUGGCUAUGAGUAUGGUUUCCAAGUACCUCCGCAGUAUAUCGAGCAGAUAAAUACAGAAUCCUGGGAAGGUAUCGUCGCAUCAGCUCGUCUUGCAAACUUGUAUUAUAGAGCAAGAAAUCGUAACUAAAAGCCUAAGGAAUACAAUGG